GGGAGCUGGUGGACCUGGUCUGGGGCUGUGCCCAAGGGGUGUCUGGCAGCCGUACCCUGCCCUGCCCAUUUGCCGCUCAACUUUGGACCAGUUGCUUCACCCCUCUGAGCCUCUGGGUGCACAAGGGGCAGGGGUCCAGCUGGCAGCCUUACACACGGCUCUGGUAAGCAGCUGGCUAUGCGGGAGCCGGCGCUCAAUGGUGCCAUCAUCCGGUGCGGCGGGGGGCAAGCAGGUGUGACGCUGGGUCUAGCUGCUGACCCCGGAUUCCUUGUCUGUUGAUGAUGAUGAUGAUAGAGCCACGCCACUGGGUAUCCCUGAGAGGCAGAUGUGGGGCAAAGAGAUCAGAGUUCUGUGAACGAUAAUAGGAGUGAACCCAGUUACGGGCUCACCAGCGCCUCACCCUAUCGGGGUGGACGGCUGUGUGGGACACAGCGCAGAACCCCUUCCGCUCCGUGACCCCGAGUUCCACUAGAGGUAUAGGGCUCUGGGGCCAGGGUUCAAGUCCCAGCGCCACCGUUUGCUGCUGCUUUCUUCUCCAGCCCUCAUCCUUACACAGCAAUCCCAAGGCUACUCAAGUCCUAGGAGAACUGCCGAUUCAAUGAGAACAUUCUAGCAAAGCGUGUCCCUAGGAUGCGUUAGGAGCUCAGGGUCUCCUAGUGAGUGGGGCUUCUGGAAGGACCAGCACUCAAGGGGCCCGAGGACAGACCUAUCGGGGGCUCUCCUUUCCGGCCUCUCACCAUCCUGCUCAGCUCUGGCUUUUGGGGCUGAGCUGAGGUCCCCCCAGCAUCUCUCCUGGGAAGGAGGGGGAUGUUCCCAGGCAGAUCUCAGCUGCCCGGGGACUUGGCUUUCUGUAGACUCUCCCCACCCCUUCUUGCCCCCGGAGACCCCCCACUUUAACUACCCUCAGCCUGCUGGCCCCUUGGAGGUGGUGUGAUCUGGAGGGAAGUGGCAGUCUGGACUCUGUGCCGAUUAUCUCCUCCAGAGGGAAGCCUUGCCAACAUUCCACUGACCCCCGAGACCCAGCGGGACCAGGAGCGGCGGAUCCGGCGGGAAAUCGCCAACAGCAACGAGCGGCGGCGCAUGCAGAGCAUCAACGCCGGCUUCCAGUCCCUCAAGACCCUCAUCCCCCACACAGACGGCGAGAAGCUCAGCAAGGCAGCGAUCCUCCAGCAGACGGCGGAGUACAUCUUCUCGCUGGAGCAAGAGAAGACCAGGCUCCUGCAGCAGAACACACAGCUCAAGCGCUUCAUCCAGGACCUGAGCGGCUCGUCCCCCAAGCGGCGGCGGGCGGAGGACAAGGAUGAGGGCAUCGGCUCGCCGGACAUCUGGGAGGACGAGAAGGCCGAGGACCUGCGGCGGGAGAUGAUCGAGCUGCGGCAGCAGCUGGACAAGGAGCGCUCGGUGCGCAUGAUGCUGGAGGAGCAGGUGCGCUCGCUGGAGGCCCACAUGUACCCGGAAAAGCUCAAGGUGAUUGCCCAGCAGGUGCAGUUGCAGCAGCAGCAGGAGCAGGUGCGGCUGCUGCACCAGGAGAAGCUGGAGCGUGAACAGCAGCACCUGCGCACUCAGCUCCUGCCCCCUCCCGCCCCCACCCACCACCCCACGGUGAUCGUGCCAGCGCCGCCACCCCCUCCAUCCCACCACAUCAACGUCGUCACCAUGGGCCCCUCCUCCGUCAUCAACUCUGUUUCCACGUCCCGGCAAAAUCUGGACACCAUCGUGCAGGCGAUCCAGCACAUCGAGGGCACCCAGGACAGGCAGGAGCAGGAGGAGGAGCAGCGGCGGGCCGUCAUCGUGAAACCCGUCCGCGGCUGCCCGGAGGCCCACGCCUCGGACACGGCCUCGGACUCGGAGGCCUCGGACAGCGACGCCAUGGACCAGAGCCGGGAGGAGGCGCCGGGGGACGGGGAGCUUCCCUGACCACCCCCCAGCCCCCCUCUCCCUUCUGGGGGGGCCAGAGGGGGCCGGGGCGGCGACAGGGAAAAACGGGGAGAAGGAGUGAAAUUUUUACAAAAUUACGAUGUCAUUUGGGUCGCUUUUAUGACCUCUUUUUUCAAUACUGUAAAUCAACCUUUGAGCGCAGCCACCCAACCUGAGGUCCCGGGGGUGCUGGGAUGGCACAGAGCGAGUUGGGAGCAUCGGGACCCCUGGGGCUGGGCCUCGGCCCCGGAGGCUGGGGAAAAGCCGACCCCGAGGUGCCUGGCCUCUCUCCGCCAAAAAGCAUUUUUUUUUCUCACUUAAAUGUGUUUUUAAGAACAGGGAAAAUAAAACAAAACCCCAAGGUAUUUUUUCCCUCCCCAGAGCCAGCCCUACGACUGUCAGCCUUUCUUUCCCCUUCCCUCUUAUUUUGGUUUUCUUCUUUCUCCUUUAAGCACUUACAUGGGUUGGGGGGUCUGGCUGGGCCAGGGCUUUCUGGGGGGUCCGGGGGGUCUUCGUUGUUUCUCGGUUGGGGUUUGCUGCUGCCCUCCCGCUCCUCUCCCCCAUCUCAGCACUAGAAUUAGCCACUUGCCGUCACCACUCAGCCCCCACCUUCCCCUUCAGAUUUCCCAUCUUCCACCCCAAAAUGUCUUUGUCUUUCUCUUUUUGUUUUGUUUGUUGUUGGGUCUUUUUUUUUUUUUUUUUUUUUUUUAC